ACAUUAAAAAUUACUUACUUAUAUUUCUUCCCUGUCCAAAACCCCUUUGGCCAUUUUCAUUUAUGAGCAUUACUUGGAAACACUUGAGCUCAGCAACACUUUCAUUUGAAGAUAUCAAAGCCAUAUCUAUGGCUCGAUCUACUGGAGACAAUAAACAAAGUCCUCCGAAAAGAGUUGCAGUCGUUGGUGCUGGCGUCAGCUUUGUUGACGGAUGGGCCAGCUUUGUUGUGUUGCAAUCGCAAGAACUAGUCGAACAGUUGCGGGCUUAACGACAUGACUAAAGUAUUUGAAGCAGAAGGGAGAGCUGGAGGGAAGUUACGAAGUGUGAGCCAAGAUGGCCUGAUAUGGGAUGAAGGCGCAAAUACUAUGACUGAAAGUGAAGGUGAUGUCACUUUCUUGCUUGAUUCUCUUGGACUCCGAGAAAAGCAGCAAUUUCCACUUUCACAGAACAAGCGCUAUAUUGCCAGAAAUGGUACUCCUGUACUGAUACCUUCAAAUCCAAUUGACCUGAUCAAGAGCAAUUUUCUUUCCACUGGAUCAAAGCUUCAAUUGCUUUUGGAGCCAUUUCUCUGGAAGAAUAAAAAACUGGAAAAGGUGUCUGACUCGCACGAAAGUGUCAGUGGAUUCUUCCAACGUCAUUUUGGAAAGGAGGUUGUUGACUAUCUAAUUGACCCUUUUGUUGCUGGAACAUGUGGUGGUGAUCCUGACUCGCUUUCAAUGCACCAUACAUUUCCAGAAUUGUGGAAUUUAGAGAAAAGGUUUGGCUCAGUCAUAGUUGGGGCAAUUCGAUCUAAGUUAUCACCUAAAAAGGAAAAGAAACAAGGGCCUCCCAAUACUUCAGUAAAUAAGAAGAGCCAGCGGGGAUCCUUUUCCUUUUUGGGCGGAAUGCAAACACUUACGGACGCAAUAUGCAAAGAUCUCAAAGAUGAUGAACUUAGGCUAAACUCUAGAGUUCUGGAAUUAUCUUGUAGCUGUAGUGGGGACUCUGCGAUAGAUAGCUGGUCAAUUGUUUCUGCCUCACCACACAAAAGGCAAUCAGAAGAAGAAUCAUUUGAUGCUGUAAUUAUGACGGCCCCGCUCUGUGACGUUAAGAGUAUGAAGAUUGCUAAAAGAGGAAAUCCAUUCCUGCUCAACUUUAUUCCUGAGGUUGAUUAUGUACCGCUAUCUGUUGUUAUAACUACAUUUAAGAGGGAGUGUGUAAAGCAUCCCCUUGAGGGUUUUGGAGUGCUUGUACCCUCUGAGGAGCAAAAACAUGGUCUCAAAACACUAGGAACCCUCUUCUCUUCUAUGAUGUUUCCAGAUCGGGCACCCAAUGAUGUCUAUCUCUAUACUACUUUUGUUGGUGGAAGCCGGAAUAGAGAACUCGCGAAAGCCUCAAGGACUGAGCUGAAAGAUAUAGUAACUUCUGACCUAAAGCAGUUGUUGGGUGCUGAGGGAGAGCCAACAUAUGUGAAUCAUUUAUGCUGGAGUAAAGCAUUUCCACUGUAUGGGCGUAACUACGAUUCAGUCCUUAAUGCAAUUGACAAAAUGGAGGAUAACCUUCCCGGAUAUUUCUAUGCAGGUAACCACAAGGGCGGAUUGUCAGUUGGCAAAGCAUUAUCUUCUGGAUGCAAUGCAGCAGAUCUUGUCAUAUCAUAUCUUGAAUCCGUGACAAACGACACCAAAAACCAUUGCUGAAAUCUCUCUCAUUCUUUCUCUGUUUCUAGUUUUUCUACAUUUUAAUGAUCUCAUCUUGUUAUAACUUUUAGCUGAAACAAAAUUCCCUUUCCUCCACCUUAUUGUCUAUUUGCCAAUUUGAGUACAAGUUCCCUGUUGCCAAAUUUGUGACACGUGUGGAAUUUUGCACAUCACCUGAUGCUGAUUGCUAAUUCCGUAUUGUUGUAGCUGAAACAAAAUGUUCCCUAUCCUCCACCUCAGCUUUUAGUUCUCCAUCGAAUUUGAGUGAAUUUCCGUCUGCCCAAAUUGUUGACUGCAUUGCUUGUGGAGAUUUGCACAUUACCUUAUGCUGAUUGCUAAUUCCAUCUCAAUCCGAGCAUUCAUUUCCUUCAGCUUUCUAUGCUUUGGUAGGUACGUAAAAUCGUUUUGACUUCAUGGCGAGGAGCUACUUUGACAUGCCAUGAAACUGUCUUUCAGGGAUAGUUGCAUUUCUGAAAAAGGAACUCUGUACAUGUUUAAUUACACACUCGUUCUGGUAGCUGUUACUAAUAGAUGGUGGUGUAUCUUUAGCACAUUAAUAAGCAUUUUUGGUUUCUCCUCUCUCGUAUGAAAUUGCUAAAUUGGUUCCAUACA